GGGACUUGAUUUCUCAAAUCGCUCCAUAUCUGUCUAGUGGGACUAAGAUCAGUGGCACUAAUUAAAUUUGUACUUUUAAUUGAAUUAAGUGUUUGCACUCAGCUGUGAAUAGUUACUCUUUAACUUUUGGUGUCCGUGCGGUCAGAGUAUGGAAACUCUGUUUAUCUUUCUGUCUGUGUGAUAAAAACCAACUUGUGUACAUACAUCUUCGUUGUGAUCCUAUAAUUCAGUGCCUACUUACUUGUUAUUUCUGUGUCUAAGUACUGUUAUUCCAGCAAUUUCAUCCAGAAAUUCGGAAAAGGAUAUUCUUCUUAUCUUCGUUUCAAAUGCGCGUCGCGUAAACAGCUUUAACUGGAGACGAGACCUGCAAUCAUCUCGUAUCCAUGUCACCCAUGGACUCGAUGACGCAGGCAGCAAACGGUUUCCCCUCCGUUCUAACCGCUCUUCGUUUCGAUUUUCGAAAAUCCUGACACUCCAGCGCCAAGUCCACCUCAAAGUCGGGCUGCCGGAAACUUCGAAACCUCACGUGGUACGAUUCAGAUCCUGGAGUCCCAAACGAGUCCCCCACAGACUUUCUUCAUCGAUUUUAUUACGUUACAUACGCAGAGCUAGUCUUCCUCGAUUUAGCAGUUUUUCGUGCCAUAUUCGAAAUUUUUUGUGCCGUCGUCCUUGUGUCAUUGAUAUCCUCUCGAAAACAGUGAGACUUAAGCCCAAGACGUUAGAUCCCUCCUAUGUGUUUCGAAUUUUAACUUUGCUUCCACCCACACUCAUGGUAAUUAAGUGUACUUAGACAGAUGAUAUCCGAUAUUUAAAAUUCAACAUUUUGAUGCCAUUUGGUCCUUCAGGCGUUGGCCUAUUGAUUUUAUCGUAGAUGACAAUUUUUCUUUUCUUGAGCACUCUUUUAGACAACGGAAGUGUCUUGGUGAACUUCUUCUUCUUUGAUUCCUAAAUUUGCCUCCUAAGAUUGAUUGUCUCACCGCUCUCUCUCUUAGGUUAGUCCCUAACGCUUCUCGCAAGGAAUUCUACUUAGACUAAAUGAAAGCUUAAUAGCUUUCUGUCCUAAUUGUAGUAGACUUAGAUGCGUGCUAAUUUUCAAGGCCUUAACUAAAACUUUAAGUCUGUUUAGAAUAUUGUUUGCACUUUUUACUUAACGCAAAUGGUUUGCUUAUAAAGCCACUAACUGAUUAGCUUAAGUAGGCAAUUUCUAUUAAUUUUGAUCGUUAAGCUUUAAGUUGAAAUUUUGAUUGAUAUUGAUCGUUGAGCUUUAAGUUUAUAGAAAGUUAUUCCUUAACCCCGUUGGUAUCAUCUCGUCCACUACCGACUCUUGAUCGUAGCUUACGUUCUCUUCCUUAUUUUGGCCUUUCGUGUUAAAAAAUCGUUAUUUUAGUUAACUUCUGUGAUUUUUACUUCUUUCUUCAAGGCUGAUUUCGGUGUUAGUAUUUAUAGGUGUAUGAAAAAGGAUUAAACUUAUCAAACACCCCCUAAACUCUCAUCUAUCUUAGUGACUUAAACUCGUGAUCGAUAAAUAGUCGAGUAGUUCAAUUUAAUAGUUUUCAUUUCAGCAUUCUCUGAAGAAUCUUUGUUGCUUUUAAUCCCACCCCUUAGGAAAUGACUUUCCGUGAAAAUGAUCCUUAUCAUAGCAAUUUCUUAUACUUUUUUCCAGCGUUCUCAUUUCUUGCUUAUUCUAGCAUUCUGAUUUGAGUUUGUAACUAUUGUACUCGAAAAUUUAAGCUUCAAGACUGUUUCGUAACUGAAGUUGCGAGAAAUUUACUUUUCGCCAUCACUGUAACUUUAAUUUUUAAACCCCCUGAAAUUUUUCUAAUCUAGUGCGUAGAUUAGCUGUUUUGUUUAUCAAGUUUUCGUCCUGGUCUUUUUAGCUAGAAAUGGUCGUAUAAUUCUACAACUUUUCAUCAUCGAUUGACCAGCUUCAACUGUGUAUCUUUCGUGGAUAAGUGUGUCGAUUAUACUCUGAUAUGUCAGUCAGUCUGUUGCCAUAGGUUCUUAAAUCUAAAAAUCAACUUGCAUAGCUUUAGUAGGAAUUCAGAGAGGCCUUUUGAAAUAUUUGGCCGAGGGGAGUUUUUUUUCUGUUGACCCCUCGAUAUUGUCCUAUCUACAUUUCAUAGACAUCGUUAAUGUUCUUCCAAUUUGAUUGUGUUAGAGAUUGUGGAAUUUUGCGAUCACUCUCCCCCAUCUAUGAAAUUUCAUUCACAACCAGAGGUUUUAGAAUCAAUAUUUCCUCAGUAUCAAGCUAUAUAAAUCUAUACAAUUAGUAAAAUUAAUGAUUUUUCGUGCUCCUAUUUGAAUAUUUUGGAGGUAGUGGAAUUUAAUAUUCGUUGACUUCCACCCGUAAAAUUUCCUUCGUGGCCAGAAUAUCUGGAAUCGGGUUUACUCGUUAAUCCUGAGCGUGGAAUAAAAAACCGUUUUCAGGGUUUCUGAAAAAAAAAAAAAAAAAAAAAAAAAAAAAAAAAAAAAAAAAAAAAAAACUUAUUAUCUCAUGUACAAAAUUUUCAUACAACGAGUUUCCUGCUAGAAGGUAAAAGCUAGGUUCCCUUCGCAACCGCAGCAUUCAGAAAUCAAUUUUCUUGUUCGAAUGAGAAACCGUCCUCAAGGUUUCUGAAAAAAAAAAAACUUAGAAUCUCAUAGAACGUUUUCGUACAACGUUUUCAUACAACGAGUUUCCUAGUAAAAGGUGAAAGCUAGGUUCCUUCGUAGCCGUAUCAUUUAGAAAUCAAUUUCCUCGUCAUUUAGCAGAGCAAGAUUUGGAAAUUCAUACAAUGCCCCUUCAAAAGUCAAUGAUUAGGCAAUGGAGUGCUGGACGUAUCGCGUGUGGUAUCGAGUCCCUGUAACGGCGCCAUGGACGAUGAGGGCGACCGGCUCUCUGUGGUCUCCUCGCAGGAGCGGGACCCGCUCUCCCGGUUGUCGGACUGCCUCCCCAACUCCCCGGGCUCCUCGUGGGGCUCGGGCUCCAUCCCCGGGAGCCCCCGUCUCCGCCGCUCCCGCCCUGGCAGCCCCGCGGCCCUCCCCUCCGUCGAGGAUUGCUACCGCUGCGUCGAGCUCCAGCUGGAAUACUCCCGCUUCAAGCACCAUGCCACCAGGGUCAAAUCCGUCCUCCACUCAAAGCUCUCGGAGUUGGAGCAGAGGGUCAUCGAAGCCGAGGCCAGGGCGGAGGAGGCCGAGGACAAGGUUCGAGUCAUGGAGCAAAAGCUCGGACAGGCGGAAUGGAAUCUGCCUGUAGACAGAGACGUGGAUGCGAACACCAAUGAUAAAGAACAGACGAUAACCAAACUAGCUACACAAGUUGAAGAGCAGCGGCAACUGCGAUUACAAGAGGCCAAGCUAGUGGAAGCGAAAGCAGCACGCAUCAAGGAAUGGGUGAUGAACAAGUUGAGAGAGCUGGAGGCUCAGAACGAUCAUCUGCGGCAGCAGAAUCACAAGUGCAAUCAACAAUUGGAGCUCCUCAGGCGGCACAUGGCCCAGCUGAGUGCCAACCGGCUGGCCGCCUCCUCCUCCUCCCUCCAUCGUGUCAAUAGCACUGGAUCAACGCAUGCACUUCUUGACAAUGCAGAACCUGUGUAUGCAGAAGUUGACCGGCAGCGGAAACAUGUGGAACCAGCAAACAAAAUGUCAACCAGUGCCUUAGCAGCUCCAACAAAUGCGGCUGUAUCCUCUACUAUCCUCGGACACCGGAGACAUCUCUCUGCUUGCAAUAUUCCUUCAACAAACAACACCAAUCCUCAGCCAGAGCUCAAUAAUGAGCUUCAAGCGGCUGUCGAAUCGCUUGCAUUGUUACCCGUCCAUAUUAGGCCUAAAUCGGAAAUCGUGGAACCAGAUGUUGGUCAUGAUUACGCUGAAAUCUACACACCAAGCCACGAAAAGUGUCCUUGGGAGAACGAAGCCAAGCCUCCUACUCCACCACUCCAUAGGUUUCCUUCGUGGGAAAGUAGGAUCUACCAAGUUGCUAAUGAAGGCCUCAGCACAAAUGUCGCCGAUCAGGCUGAUUCCAGCAACAAUAAUGCUGGUCGUGCAGUGAACUCUGGCUAUUGUGAUAUUAGUGUCCCUGUUUACGCAACAGUCAAAGGACGCGCUAGUCAAAUCAGAUCGAUGCCUUUCACCGGUGAUUCAAGUGAUGACUCGUCGGAUGGUGAGGGAGAACACACACAUUACUCUCAUCACUCAACAGAGACUCGUAUCACUAACAGUAGUAGUGAUAACACUGGUGAGAAUUAUACUUCCAUAUCUAGUUCAAGUCCCAGCAAAAGCCAAAAAACAUUAUCCAGUUUAUCUCCCGCUAAACGAAGUUCCUCUGGUUCACCCUCAAAAAAUACAUCAUUUGUUUCUGAGUCGGGUGUAUCUGAUGACUACGCUAUUCCUCCUGAUGCAAUAUCAUGCUCCGGGGACUCGAGUGAAUGGUCAUCUUUGGUUUACCGUGCAACUGCCAACAGUGCUGUGAUCGAUAGCCCAAGCCGGUCCCAACGACAAAAUGCGGUCAAUGACUCUAACGCAGCCCUGGAAAAAUCUGGUCAUUUAGCGAAACUGGGCGGGAAAUUCAAAACAUGGAGGCGGAAAUGGUUCCAGCUGAGUAAUGGGAAAUUAAAAUAUUGGAAGUCACAGAAUGAUGUAGGGAAGAAACCACAAGGAGAGAUAGUCAUAGAUGAACAGUGCAGAAUCACGCGAGCAGACGGUGCUGCAACAUUUGAAAUAUCAACAGGAAAGAAGACCUAUUAUCUCACAGCCGAUUCCAAUCUUGCUAUGGGAGAUUGGGUCCGUGUACUCCAGAAUGUCCAAAGGCGGACUGCUACGAAACUUUUGUUGAGUAAAGAACACCAAAAACCGACUCUUCAAGGUUGGCUGACAAAGGUGAGGAAUGGCCAUGCUCGAAAAUGUUGGUGCACGCUAAUUGGUAAAAUGUUCCUGUACUUCAAAGGACCCAAUGAAACGAACCCCAUCGGACAGAUCAACAUGCGUGAUGCAAGGGUGGAACAAGUGGACCAUGUCAGUGACUCAGACUGUGAAGACAACGGUCAGGAUAACACGCAGUUGACCAUUGGUAUUUUCCCAUCCCAUCAACCACCAACUUACCUUUUGAUGCCUUCAAAACAAGACAUGGAUUCCUGGCUGUAUCAUUUAACAGUAGUCUCAGGAGCAGGUUCAAAUGCUGGGACACAGUAUGAGCAACUCAUCCAAAAAUUGAUGGAAACUGAUGGUGACCCAAAUUGUGUUCUGUGGAGGCAUCCUGCGUUACUGUAUACCAAAGAUACCUUAACUUCCCCUUUGACAUCUCUGUCAAAUGAAAGCCAUCAAACAGAGGCUGUUAAACUGUUUAAAAGUUGCCAGUUGUUUACGUCUGUAGCUGUCGAGUCUGCAGGGAUUGACUACCAUGUCGUCCUUGCACAGAAUGCUCUCCAGCAAUGCCUCGACAUUCCAGAACUUCAGGAUGAACUAAUGUGCGCAUUGAUCAAACAAACAUCGCGCCACAUGUCGACCAAGAUAGGCGUUCAGGUACUCAAUCGCCUUCGGCAUCGUCAACUUUUACUCUGUGCCACGCAGUCAUUGUUUACGUGUGAUGCUGCCGGCUCGCCAACUACCAACAAUGCGCCACCACCGAUGUCUGUCAGCGAUCAUUGUUCCAAGUCCAACCCUCCAACAUUUGUCUUCGUCCAAGCGUGGCAGCUUCUUGCAUUGGCUGUCUCACUAUUUGUUCCAAAGAACAAUAAGCUCUUAUGGUAUCUGAAACUGCAUCUCCGGCGUAAUACUGACACAAAAACGGAAUGUGGAAAGUAUGCUGCCUACUGCGAGCGAGCUCUUGAGCGGACGAUCCAAAAUGGAAACCGGGAAGUGAAGCCCUCUCGAAUGGAAGUUCUCUCGAUUCUCUUGAAGAAUCCAUACCACCACUCGCUCCCACACUCGAUACCAGUCCAUCUUCUCAAUGGCACGUACCAGGUUAUCGGUUUUGAUGGCUCAACUACCAUUGAGGAAUUCCUGUCAACACUAAAUCAAGAAAUAGGCUGUCGAGAGUCAUGUCAGUCUGGAUUUACGCUUUUCAGUGACGACCCCAUUGAGAAAGACUUGGAGCAUCACUUGGAGUCUCACACCAAAUUGUGUGAUGUGAUCUCCAAGUGGGAGACUGCUCUUCGGGAAAAAGGCUCUGGCAAAUUUGAGAACACUCGAGUCAUCAAACUAGUUUAUAAAAAUCGUCUGUAUUGGCGGAACUCCGCCAGAACUGAAACAGACCGAGAGCGUCUGUUGCUUUGUUACCAAACAAACCAGCAGGUUAUCCAAGGUCGCUUCCCACUUAGUAAGGAGCUUGCUCUUGAACUGGCAUCUUUAAUGGCCCAAAUUGAUUUUGGUGAAUAUAACUGUGAUAAAGGUCGAGGCAGCGGUGCAAUGGCCCGAGACUUGAUUGUUCUUCAAGCUCUCGACAAAUUUUAUCCCUAUCGCUAUAGGGAUGGUCUCUCCUCAGAAGCUCUUAAGGAACUUCAAUCCAGUUUGCAGGAGAAGUGGACGUCAUUAAAAGGUCGUAGUGCAUUAGACUGCGUUCGAAUUUAUCUCACUUGCACCCGUAAAUGGCCCUAUUUUGCUGCAUCUCUUUUCCAAGCUAAGUGGAAAGGUGGCGAACCAGCCGUGGUAUGGCUUGCAGUCAUGGAAGAUAGCGUGUCUCUUCUUGAGUUAACAGGAAUGACCUCUGUUGCUCGGUAUUCUUACUCCAGGGUUCUGACAUUCGGUGGAUGCCAAGAUGAUUUCAUGUUAGUUGUGGCAACAGAUAACGGGUCAUCUCACAAACUGUUGUUUUCACUGAGCAAAUUAAAGAUUCUGGAGCUGACGCUUUUGAUUGCAGACUAUAUGAACGUCAUAGGUCACAGCAAUACUCCUUUGAGUAGCACAUUAAAUAGAGGCACUCAACCAGACAUUCUAAAAGCAACGCCUGAUCAAUUAUUGCACAGAACGGAUUCUAUGAAGAAAAGACACCACCUGAUUGACUCGUGACACUAAUUUGGUAACUUUGCACCCCUUCCAAAGAAGUAUUCUGAAGAAUACGCAAGUCAUAUUUUAUCGUUAUCGCCGAUUUAUUUUCAUCAACACAUUUUCAUUAAAUAAAGAAAAGGAAAUCCUGGAUUUUCUGACCAUCAAUUCCUGUGCUUUUCUUGUAAAUUUCUACGCAGCAAAUUUUAUUCAUGGGUUCAUAUUUGAUCAAAAUGGGAUUUAUCAGCUUUGAUAAAACUGGUCAAAUUUUUUCUUCUUUCCCGAAUGCAACCCGGUGCUCCUUGCUUAAAAACUAUGUAAUUAAAUGUAGAGAUUGGCGCAUCUACGGAUGUUUAGAAAGUUACCAAAGUAUUUUUGAGUUUCUUACGCAAGUUUUCUGCUCAGCUGUAGCUAGCUUCCAAGCAACUGUUAACGAUUACACGACCUAUUUUUCAACAGACCCAACCCCUGUAAAAUGUAAAUUAUGUUAGACAAUUCUGAAUAUGUAAAUUGUGUUUUCUCAUGUGGUACUGUAGUUUUAAACUAAACAGUUAUUUGUAUAUCGACUGAUUCUUCACUGUAGAAGAGAGAUGCGAUUUGUUUUCCCCUAAUUUUUUGCCUACUAUAUUCUAAAAACGGUUUAUCAAUUUAGAUCAAAUUUGUUCUUUUAGAAACAAGUUAUGUAACCCUGUAAGACGCAAUGAUUGUGCCAAGACUCAACAGCUAGUUAUCUGGUGAGUAAUUCCUUUAUGGAGAGAAUGAGGAUGGAUUCAAUGCUUGUGUUCAGAGGUCCCUUGCUCGCCUCUCCAUAAUGCAUUGAGGGAGGACAUAACAAUCGAUACUCUAAAAUUUUCUCUGAUAGUCGAUGCCUUCAAAUAUUCAGAACUUUUAAGAUCUUUAGCUUUGAAAGUCUCAAAAAUCAGAAGGUAAUGUAAUAAAACCACCUUAAUUUGUAAGAUUCAAAUUCUAUUUUUUCCUGUAUGGAAGUUAUGUCUCUUUCUCUUAAAGACACCUUAUAUAAUUUUGAUGGGAUGUCCUAUGAUUAUUCCAGUUGAGUUGUAUCCUAUUUUUUUUUUCCCCAAUAUUAAAUCUUACCCUGUACUCUUUAAUUGUUUUUUCAUCUUAAUACUACGUGAUUCCCUUCUGUGGAAGAGAAGGCUAAAGGUCUGGAAUUUUUUAUUUAUUUAUGAGAGCUGGAGUACUUACUUGAAAUUUGAUAAUGGAUUGCCCUUAUUUUUAAAUCUCCAUCUUCCAAGCAUGAUAAGUUACUUGUAAAUUCCCUCAAUGAGUCCAAUUUUGUCCAAAAUUUUGGCAUCUAAACUUCAACUGAAUAGUUCAUUAAUUACUUACUGGAGGCUCCGAAAGUAUAAUCCCUGUUGAAUACGAGCCUAGAAGAUCCACAGAGAACACUUACGGACAGCUCUCCGUAUUCAGCUUACAACUAGCGUUUACCAAGCUAUCAGCAUUGCUUAUUUUUCUUUUGUAAGUACCUUGUAACUACUCAAUUUAUAUAUUUUGUUAGAUUUAAAUUAACAUCAAUAACAAACUGGCACAUAAUACUCUAAACUAAAGCAUUUCUUCGCACAUUCCUUCCCUAAAAUUUCACUUAGACCCUCAAAUAGGUAAUGCAUGCAAAGGAAAGUUUGAAAAGGGACUUCAAAGCUCCGUGUGAAAUUGUUUCAAGCCUAAAUAUUUAUUUGCCAGCAACAUAUUAAAUCAUUAUCAACUUCCUUUUCUUAAGGGUUUGAAUUUGAUCAAUGGCAAUCGGAACCAUUCCUAAAAUUUGUAGUAUGUGUCGUUCAUGAAGCUUGCUGUAGUGUUGGAAUGAUGAAACUUAGCCUACUGCCACAUACUUAUAGCAAUUUUGGGCUUAUGUAUUAAUUUUCAUCCAUCACCAAGCAAUCCAGACUUCUUAACAUCAACAGCAUGAUAAUAAUUGAUGAAUGUAGCAAUUUUUAUUUUCUAAUUUGAACUUUAUAAUUCUGACAGCUUCUUGUUUGCCUUUGAUUUUUUUGCUGCCGCAACCUCUCUUUGAAGUUUUGGAGCAUAAAUUAAAGUUAUUUGUUCCUAUCCAAUUCCUAAUUUGAUACGUCUCUCACAAAAUUACCUGAGAUAGACGAAAUUUAUAAUAGCACUAGUAAUUUAUUUUCACUUGUAAAAUAAUGAUUAAUGUUAUUCGGUUUUUGCCGAAAUUUCUCUUACUGAAAGACUUUAUUUAUUUAUUUGAGCUCAUUCUGCGUUAACUCGCUUUUUUCUUGAGUUGAGGCUCCCAAAGGUUUUGUUCCACUAUUUUUCUCAAUGAGUAAUUGUACUACUGAUAUUUUAGCUUUAAAGAAAAUCUGAUUAACCUUACACUAGAAUACCUGUGUAGUGAGAAUAUGGACAUUUCUGUAAUUUUGAGAUUAGGUCAUGGAGCUUCUAGGGCCCAAAAGUGCAGCCAGCCUAUGAAUUCAAAUUAUUCAGAGUAAUUUAUUGUUACAGUUAUUAUGACCUGUCAUUUGUAAAGCAUAUAUUUGACUUAGUUUUUGUAUAAAUUGACUCGUCUUCGCAGAAAGACGCUCAUUCAUGAACAUUCUUGGCCACCUUGAUUUGAUAUUGGAAUCUGAAGAUUUGCAGCAAAAUUUUUUGUGUUAGAAGGUUGACUGCAUUUUUGAGUUUUGAGGGCUCCAUAUUUCAACAUGUCAGUAUUCUUCCUACAUAGGUACUUUGCCUUAAACAUUUCUAAUGGAAGGUGAAAUUUUCCCCUGCAUGAACUGUAACUUCAAAUAAUUUUUUUUUGUUUGUUUCGUAGAGGCAAGAAUUACUUAUAAUCAUCUCUUGUUUAAUUGUGUUUGAUAUGUAAGUAGGUACAAGUUUUCAGAGUUUUCGACUGUUCUGAGUGUAUUUGAGAAUUUUAAUGUGCGUAGAAAAAUUUGAAAGUUUUUUUACAAGGUAGCAUGUAUUUCUCUAAGCAUCUGGCUCUUUUCUUUUUUAUCGUCCUGAGGAAAAUAGAUCUGAAUGAACUGAUCUCAAACCCAACAUUUAGCUUAUCAGUUAAGUUGAACUACCCAAACAUUACAUACAAUUUAUUCUUAGGUACAAACAUUCAAAGAAUUCAUAACCAAUCUUGUUCUUCUGGCAUUAUAAUAGGAACAAAUGAUUUCAAAAAUUAUUUGUUUGAAACAGAAUGGAUUUGUAAUUUUCUAGGUAAAUUAUUUUCUGAGCAAAUAGGAGUGUUUUCCUCAUGCCCAAUUCCCACUUUUAUUUCAGUCCCAGCAAGUAAACAAAAAAAGAGGCGAGUAUUAUUCUGCAUUUUUUAUCAAAUAAGCAUUUAAUUUUCAGUUUUUAAUCCUUUUUUGUUUUUCUUCUGCAACUACCGCAUUCCACAAAAAUGUGACGUACCUUUAACUCUGUUAGCAAGUGAAACUUCUACACCUAAAUGUGUCUACUUGGACAACUCAAUUUAUAAUCCUAUUUUUGUGCUGAAAAUAAUUUGUAAAAAAAGGAUGAAAUUAUCUGAGUAAAUGUUUAAAGUAUUGAUCUAAUCAGAGAUUUUGCCAAUAUGACAUCAUGUAAUCUCGUGUGACUAAAUGGUUUGAAUCACUGCGAUCAGCUCACAUAACGUGCAAGCAAGCAUUCAUACAGCAGGCUGUGAUACUUUCAACUCUGCAUGGGCUUCCCUAAAUCAAAAUUCUUCCUGUUGAUAGGAUCUGUGCUUGAAUUGGAAAAUCUUCAAUAUUGUGUUCAAUGAUAACUAUUUGUUUUUAUCACAUCAGUAUUCCUUGAAUCUGUUGUUAUUCAUUGUCUUAAUAUGCAAUGAAUACUUACGUUUGAGGGCCGUAAUUAUAGUCGCUCCUUAAACGGCUCUUUUUUUUGAGAGGCCCUGUUCGGUUUAUAUUGUGACCUUGAGAGGUUUAAGGAACAUUGCAUCAUAUGAAGGAAAAUUUCAGUGAGUCUCAAGUAAAAUUCAACAGAAUAGGAGUUUCAGGAACGACUAUGAAUAUGUCCCAGAGGGUUGCAGUAUUUUGAUAAUUCUCCAGGCAGUCUCCUCUAAUGAGGUUGGGUUGACGAUCUUGCUAGACUAGCUCAGAAAGUAAGUUGAAGAGCAUUUAACCUGGAUUCAAUUUGAAAAGUCAGGGUCUCAUCACUAACAGUAAUGGCCCAGUUACAUACUCUACAUAGCAUUUUACACUUAACUUUUAAUGAUUUACUGCAACCCAUAAUCUUCUUUUGAUUUCCGAUUAUUUUUAGGUAGGAAUUGCAUUGCUCCAAAUAGAAGAUGUGGGCGAUUCAUUGCACUUUUUUUUAAAAAUUAUUUUGUUAGAAACUGUAGGCUAAUGUAAUAUGAUUCCGAUUUGUCAUUAGAUUUAACCCAAGACAAGCAGAAAAAUUGACCGUUGUUCCAAUUUUAAUGUCUGUGCCUCAUAAAAAAAUUCAGCUUAUGCCUUCACACCCUUGGCCAGUUGAACUUCUUUUUGUAUUAAACUAUUUUGUAUGUAUGUAACACUGAUCAUUGACUUUUUAGGUAGUAAAUGUAACUCUUGUCUUUUUUAAAA